GUUCGGAGUCUUUUCGCCGAGCAUGUGGUGUGUCAGUGGCGUCACUACACUUGCCGCAGUCACUAACAAAACCGACUGAGACCGAGACAGCGCUUUCUGACGAGGGCAAGGAAGUGUGACACGCGAGCAGCAGGUCAAUAGCGAUGAAAAAAGAGGGAAUCGAGGGUACUGAGAGGUUUCUGAGCCCCGGUAAAGGCCGGGGACUCAAAGCCAUCAAGCAUUUUAAAGUUGGUGAUCUAGUGUUCGCCUGUCCGGCUUAUGCAUACGUGCUGACCGUGAACGAGAGAGGCGGACGCUGCGAAUGCUGCUUUACCAGGAAAGAAGGGCUGUCGAAGUGUGGGAAAUGUAAACAAGCCUAUUACUGCAAUGUAGAGUGUCAGAGAGGAGACUGGCCCAUGCACAAGCUGGAGUGUUCUGCCAUGUGUGCGUAUGGGGAGAAUUGGUGUCCGUCUGAAACCGUACGACUGGUCGCCAGAAUCAUUCUCAAACAGAAGCACCAAACAGAAAGGACGCCUUCAGAGAGAGUGCUGACGCUUCGAGAAUUAGAAGCACAUCUGGACAAGCUGGAUAAUGAGAAGAAUGAGAUGAACGAUACAGACAUUGCUGCGCUACACCACUUUUACUCUCGACAUCUCGAUUUUCCUGAUAAUGCAGCACUUACUGAACUUAUCGCUCAGGUGAACUGUAAUGGCUUCACCAUUGAAGAUGAAGAGCUGUCUCAUUUGGGAUCUGCUUUAUUUCCAGACGUUGCUCUGAUGAAUCACAGCUGUAGCCCAAAUGUGAUUGUGACGUAUAAGGGUACAGUGGCAGAAGUGAGAGCCGUGCAGGAGAUCAACCCUGAAGAGGAGAUCUUCAACAGUUAUAUUGACCUCCUAUAUCCAACAGAAGAUAGAAUUGAACGACUGAAAGACUCUUACUUCUUUAAUUGUGACUGUAAAGAAUGCACCUCAAAAUCAAAGGAUGAAGCCAAAAUGGAGAUCCGUCAGAAGCUCAGCACACCUCCAGAGGAAGAGGAAAUCAAACAGAUGGUGAUAUACGCAAGAAAUGUCAUUGAGGAGUUCAGGAGAGCAAAGCACUACAAAACCCCCAGUGAAUUGUUGGAAAUCUGUGAAUUAAGCAUGGAGAAAAUGGGUGCAAUCUUCGCCGAAACCAACGUGUACAUGCUGCACAUGAUGUAUCAGGCAAUGGGUGUCUGUCUCUAUAUGCAGGAUUGGGACGGAGCGAUGAAAUACGGUGAAAAAAUUAUCCAUCCCUACAGUGUGCACUACCCUCCAUACUCCCUGAAUGUGGCUUCAAUGUACCUGAAACUGGGACGACUGUAUCUAGGACUUGAAAAGAGGACUCAAGGAGUUAAAGCUUUAAAGAAGGCUCUCGCAAUCAUGGACAUUGCCCACGGAAAAGACCACCCUUACAUCGAUGAAAUUAAGAAGGAAAUGGAAGAGCAGACAUAAUGGGAGGAAUAUGCAUCAAAUGCUGGCAUGUGUCUUACAUCUCUCAUAAUGGGAAUAUAAAAAAAGUGAUGUCAAAAAUUGUGUUUUCCCAAGAAGUCAUCUAAGCGAAUUGUAGGUUUGUAAAUAGAUGGCCUGAGUAUGGGAUGUUUUGUCGCUUUUUUUGUCUGCACUGAGCAAAUGUGCUGAACUGUUUUGUGUAAAGAAGGGCUAAGAUUUAAAGAAUCAUAUCAUAUAUGGCAGGUUUUUAAAAGGAUACCUUUUUGCCCUCUCAUGUAGCAACAACAUUAUUCAAUAGCUAACGAAUGUAAGUUAUUCUCAAUAAGGCGAAAGAUUCAGAUCACUGGUUCUGUUUUACUUGUCUGUUUGCAUGGUUAUUGUUUUUGGCGCUGAUCAAAGUAGAUCAUGGAUACUGUUAAAAUAUUGGACUUCCAGUCAAUCAGUGCGUUUUAUAGUGUUACUUUUGUUUAUUAAAUGUUUCUUGUUUGUUUAGUAUUGUGCAACUUUGACAAGUAGCAUGGGCAAAAAUGGGGAGGAUUUAAAAAUAAAUAAAUAAAUGGUGCAGACUGCCAC